GUACCAAAAAUCAGCUUAUUUCCCUCUUUCCUUUUCCCUCGUCAUUUUUCACUCUCCCUCCAUUUCAUUUCACAAAACGAAAACCCUAAUCUGAUUCUUCCUCUCUCUCUUCCGAUUCUUCCUCUCACCGUCGCAGGCGUCACCACCGUAAUCGCCGAGACCGCGACAAGGACUCCGUUAAGAACCGAAAAAAAACCAAGUCUCACUCCCACACCAAACGACGUCGCAAGCAUCAUCGCUAGUCUUCCGAUUCUGAUUCAUAUUCUUCAUCCCCCUCUCUGAUUACUCCAGGUAAAUGAUUCUUGGAUUCGUAUUUAUGUGUGACAACUUCAGACAUUUCAAGUUCCGUCUUUUUUGAGAAGAAAAGCCAACCCUAAAAAUGUUGUUUCCAUCAUACUGGGAGGAGGUUCUGGUGUUCAACUUUUUCCUCUUACCAAACGAGCUGCUACACCAGCUGUUCCUGUUGGUGGAUGCUACAGGCUUAUAGACAUUCCAAUGAGCAACUGCAUCAACAGCGGGAUCAACAAAGUAUUUGUAUUGACACAGUUCAACUCAGCAUCCCUUAACCGUCAUAUCUCUCGCACCUAUUUUGGAAAUGGCAUCAACUUUGGAGAUGGAUACGUAGAGGUACUUGAUGUUGAGUUUCACAACGUGAAAGCUUUGUAUAGACGAGCGCAGGCAUAUAUAGAGACGGGAGACUUUCUUUUAGCAGAUGUAGACAUCAAGAAAGCUCUUGAGGUGGAUCCACAAAACAGGGAGGUAAAGACGCUGAAAACAAAAGUGAAGCAACUUCAAGCUGAUAGUGACAAAAAAGAUGCCAAACUGUAUGAAAAUAUGUUCGCUCAUAAACCGAAGAGAUUGAAGGUUGAGAAAGAAGAGGAUGAAGUGGUGAAAACGGAAAUGGACAAUGUUGGUGACAGUGCAGCUCCUUCUAAUGGUGGUUUAAUUAUUGAUUCUUGUUGAAUCUGGAUAGUUUAUUUACAAUAUAAUGACGCAUCUAACAAAAGAAAGUAUAUACAAUAUGUAGCAGAUGGUAGCUGCAUAUAAAAUUUCGGAUGAAAGUUUACAUGGUCACACAGAAGACAUUUAUACCAAUAUUGGUAUUUGAAAGAUUCCACUCUAGCCAAAAUAUGAGUCCUAGGCUAUAGAAUUUUGGCCAGAUGGGAGACUGAAAAUCCAUUGCGUCUUAGCUGUCUUUAAGAAUGUGCAAGACGGAUUCAGGUCCACCUUAACAUCGUGGACAACUACUAUCAUCUGUCAUAGUGCAUUUGUGUUGUUCUUCAUUUGUCAAAAGUUUAUAUCACUACCAUUAGUAAGAAAGCUAAAUGAAUAUUUAGAAG